AUGACACGCAAGAACGCCACCCUUUCCAAACGCCGCUCCAAGCCGAACCUCUCUGUGACGACUGGCCGAAACGGCCAUGUGAAUGGGGACGGAACCGGCAAGAUGAACAACAACAUUGAAAUGCGCAAGCGGGAGACGUCCUCUGAGUCGACCUCUGACCAAACCUACCGCACAGUGCGAAGUCCCAACUUUUCCCUCGACGACGAACCUGCCCUGGUACCGCCGACACCCAUUCUCGCAAACACAAGCUUCCAAGAGCUUCCCCAAAAUGAUAAAAGAAACUUUCUCCUUCUAUGCGUCUUAUAUUUUCUACAAGGCGUACCGAUGGGUUUAGCUACCGGAUCGGUUCCCUUCCUGCUGAAGCCUUAUCUAUCCUACGGACAGAUUGGCGUCUUUUCUCUCGCCUCAUACCCAUACUCUCUCAAGCUCUUUUGGAGUCCGAUUGUGGAUGCCGUCUGGAGUCAGCGGUUCGGUCGUCGUAAGAGCUGGAUCACUCCUGUCCAGGUGAUCGCAGGCUUGGCCAUGAUCUACUUGGGCAGUCAUAUUGAGGAGAUGAUGGAGAAAGCGGGAGCAAAUGGUGGUGCGGGUGUGUGGAACUUUACGUACUGGUGGUUCCUGUUAGUCUUCUUCUGUGCCACGCAGGAUAUCGCAGUUGAUGGCUGGGCAAUCACAUUGAUGUCCCCACCCAAUAUCUCGUACGCGUCGACAGCACAGACCGUGGGUCUGACAGCUGGGCAUUUCCUUUCCUAUACGGUGUUCUUGGCCUUCAACUCCAAGGAUUUUGCCAAUCGUUGGUUCCGCACGGUACCUACAGAGGGUGGGCUCAUGUCGCUUGGAGGGUACUUGACUUUCUGGGGAUGGACCUACCUGAUCGUGACGGUGUGUCUGGCUUUCUUGAAGAAGGAGGACCGUACAAAAGACCGCGAUGGCAUCUUGGAUGUAUACAAGAGUAUGUGGAGUGUGCUCAAACUGAAGCAUAUCCAGACUAUCAUCAUGAUCCACCUCAUCGCCAAGAUCGGCUUUCAAGCCAAUGAUGGUGUGACCAGCCUGAAGCUGCUCGAUAAGGGCUUUGGUCAGGAUAAUAUGGCUUUGGUCGUUCUGAUUGACUUUCCCUUCGAGAUCAUGCUGGGCUACUAUGCGGGCAAGUGGUCCACUGAGUAUACUCCCAUGCGUUUAUGGGGUUGGGCCUUUGUCGGCCGAUUGGCGGCCGCGGUCAUGGCCCAGUUCACGGUGAUGAUUUACCCUAGCGGUGCCGAAGUGCCGACUUGGUAUCUCCUCACCGUCAUCUUCGAGCAUGUGGUCUCGACAUUCAUGAACACGGUCAUGUUUGUGGCUAUUUCGGCCUUCCACGCCCGCAUCGCUGACCCAGCCAUUGGUGGAACUUAUAUGACUCUCCUGGCGACUGUCUGCAAUCUGGGUGGUACCUUCCCCCGCUAUUUCAUCCUCAAGCUUGUGGAUUUCUUCACCGAGGCCACCUGUAUUCCAUCCACAGUGGUCCCGCCUGCGGACAAGCUCAAGGGCACUCUCGUGACCCAAGCCUUCUCUUGCGCGCUUGAGCCCGAAAAGAACCGAUGCAUCAACGGCGGUGGCGUGUGCCAGGUUGAUCGCGACGGCUACUAUAUGACCAACAUCAUCUGUGUGCUCAUUGGCACGGUAACUUUCUUCAUGUUCAUCAAGCCUGCGGCCACCAGGCUCCAGAGUCUGCCGCUGCGGGCCUGGCGAUUGAAUAGCGGCCCGGUUGCACGCAACUGA